AUGGCGGCUACCGAGCUCAAAAAGUCUAGGAAGCGCAAGGUCGUUGAGGAGGACACACCGGCAGCAGUUUCUGCAUUCCCUCAUGACGUCGGUCUUGAUAUGCAUAGCGAAGACGAAGGCGAAGAUGAGGGUCAUGCCGGCUCAGAAGACGAUGGGGAGGUAGACGAUUUCCCUGAAAUUGAUACCAGAAGCGAUAGCGAGGAUGAAGAAGAAGAUGGCAGCGAGGAUGAAGAAGAGAGCGCAAGUGGAAGCGAGGAUGUGGAGGAUGAGGAAGAAGAAGAAUCUGAAGUCGAUACGGCAGACGAUGACCUGCGGAUAUACCCAAAGCCCAAGACCGUCAUUUCGGACAUUACUGGGCAGCCAAAACGAGUUUACCCUGAGAUUGAAGCAGACUACGACUCCGACUCUUCGACAGAAGACCUGUCUAACAUGAACACUCCCCCUUGGUCGCAGACACCCAAUCGCGUCGGAACCAUCCCAAUGCAUUGGUACGACGAUCUACCGCAUGUAGGCUACGAUAUUAACGGUAAGAAGGUCUUGCGUCCCGCUCGGGGAGACGAGCUGGACAAAUUCCUUGAGACUAUUGAGGACCCCAACUCAUGGACCACUGCCUUCGACAAGAAGGCUCAAAUGGACAAACCUCUCACCGCAGAGGAACUUGAUAUUAUUCGACGGCUCCAGGAGAAUGAGAUUCCAGAUGCGAAUUACGAUCCCUACGAGCCAACCAUAGAGUGGUUCACUGGUAAAGGCAAGGAGGAGGUCAUGCCUCUAUCCGCCGCUCCGGAACCCAAGCGCAGAUGGGUGCCCAGUAAAUGGGAAAAGCAAAAGGUUAUGAAAAUCGUCCGUGCCAUUCGCCAAGGCCGAAUCGUCCCCAACAAGCCCAAGGCUACACAACCACAAUUCUAUCCUAUAUGGAGCGAAGAUACAUCAACCCUUCACGCGCCCCCUCCCGCGCCCAAACCUCGCUUGCCUACCCACGCCGAAUCCUACAACCCACCGGAAGAGUACCUUCCCACUGAGGAGGAGCGCAAGAAAUGGGAGGAGACCGAAAAAGAGGACCGCGAGCGCGACUUCCUCCCGCAAAAGUACAACGCGCUGCGCCUGGUGCCCGCAUAUGACCAAUUCAUUCAGGAGCGCUUCGGCCGGCAGUUGGAUCUGUACCUUGCGCCCCGUGUGCAGCGCGUGAAGCUGCAGAUCAACCCCGACAGCCUCAUCCCGAAGUUGCCCAGCCCGCAAAGCUUGAAACCGUUCCCGAUGUACAAGUCGUUGCAGGUGCCGCACGAGGGUCAUCGUGUGAGGACCAUCAGCGUCAGCCCCGAUGGCGGAUGGGUCGUCAGUGGGGACGAGGGUGGUGUUGUGCGUCUCUGGGAGGUCAUGGUCGGGAAGGAAGUCAAGAGGUGGAAGUUCCAAGGCAGGGUCGGGGCCGUCGAGUGGUGCCCCAGACCCGAUGUCAGUUUCUUCGUUGUCGCCAUUGAAGAGAAGCUUCACUUCAUCAUCCCACCCAACCUUCCAACAGCUGUGCUUACUGCGACACAAUCGUUACUUUCCCCCGCAACACUCCCCCCACAACCUGCAACACCCUCGCCCGUCAAAUGGGUGUCGACAGCGGCUGCAGCAUCUACAUCUGACUCGCCUAUACUCACUGUCAAUUUGCCUCCCUCGUCGGGUUUGCCCAAGCAAGUUGUAUGGCACAGGAAAGGCGACUACCUUUCCACUGUGUCGGGCGAAGAGGGACAGGGCGCCGUUUGGAUUCACCAGCUCUCGCGCAGGCACUCUCAGGCGCCCUUCAGGAAGGUCAAGGGCUCUGUCCAGCUAGUACUUUUCCACCCCACAAAACCUUAUUUCUUUGUCGCCACCCAGCGUUACGUACGAAUGUACAACCUGGCGGAGCAAAAAUUGCUGAAGACGCUCAUGCCGGGUAUUCGGUGGAUCUCGUCCAUGGAUGUUCAUCCCUCGGGUGACCAUCUCAUCGUCGGUGGCUACGAUCGCAAGCUAUGCUGGUUCGACCUGGAACUCAGCGACAAGCCGUACAAAAUCCUCAGGUACCACUCGCGGGCGCUCCGAUCAGUGCACUUCCAUCCCACGUACCCGCUAUUCGCUUCUUCCUCAGACGACGGAUCGAUCCAAAUCUUCCACGCACGUGUGUAUAACGACCUAAUGACGAACCCACUCAUCGUGCCGCUGAAGAUCUUGCGCGGACAUGACGUCCGCGACGGCCUCGGCGUGCUGCAGGUGCGCUGGUGCCCGCGGCAGCCGUGGCUCGUGAGUGCGGGAGCCGAUGGUGAUGUUGCGGUGUGGUGCAGCUAG